AUGGCUCCACUGCGAAGAUCUACUGUACUGUUGCUUUUGGCUUUCUCAGUAUCAGAGACAUUUGCACAGAGGAUUAUUGGAGGUCAGGAGGUCCCACCAUACUCUAUCAAAUAUCAGGCAUCACUGCAGUCUGAGACCAGGCAACACUACUGUGGAGGAACCUUAGUGCACCCUCAAUGGGUGGUGUCUGCUGCCCACUGCUGGAGACCGAGCAGUUUGAUGAAGGUGGUGUUAAGUGAACACAACCUGGAGACAACAGAAGGAUUUGAACAGGUCUUUAAUGUCUCAAAGAUUUAUGUCCACAACUAUAACUACAAGACAUUCAACAAUGACAUCAUGCUCAUUAAGCUGAGUGAGCCGGCACAGCUGAAUGCCAAUGUCCAGCCAGCUGCUCUGCGUGAGGAAGACAGUCCUCCACUUUCUAAUGAUUUGUGCACAGUGAGUGGCUGGGGUGUGACACAGACUUACAGUUACUACCUCUCCAAUGUGUUACGUGCUGUGGAUGUGAGAAUAGUACCUUACUGCUCGUAUUACUACUGGGGGAGGAUCACUGCAAACAUGGUGUGUGCUGGAUCUGCGAUGGGUGGCAAAGAUUCCUGCCAGGGUGACUCCGGUGGUCCCCUAAUCUGCAAUGGGUACUUCGAGGGCAUUGUCUCCUGGGGUGUCAGCUGCGCGAACCCAUACUUUCCUGGAGUCUACACCAAAGUGAGAAACUAUGUCCAGUGGAUCAGCUGGCUUAUCGACAAUGACACACCGUGAACAGUCACCAAAAUACUUGCUGAGCAGCGAAUUCAACACAAUAUUUUUAAUGGCUUUAAUAUUACUAAUAACUUUCUUUGUUUUUAAUAGUACUGAAUGUCAACUUUACACACUGAGUUUAAUUGCAGUUUAUGUUGUUGGGGUACUCUAUGUAGAGCCAGGAUAGUCAUUUCUUGAUUUAAGAUUUCCUGUAAGCUUAUGCUUAUUUGA